AUGGUUUGUGAAUUUCUCUUCUUUCCAAUUCUCUACAAGCGCCACUGGUUUGUUUUCAUUGUUCAUCUGAAAGAUGAAAUGUUUGUCUUUCUUGACUCAUUACAUGAAGAAGGUUCUGAAUAUCAAGAUGAAGUUAAGAAUAGAUUGACAUCCAAUUUUGCACUUGCUUGGAAUUCCAUCAUGGAAGAAUAUCAAAUCAAUUUUGAUGCUUUCAAAAUUGUAUAUCCACCAGUACCUCGCCAAAAUAAUCUUUUUGAUUGCGGAGUUUUUACUCUAAAAUACAUGGAACUAUGGGGUCCAAGAGUUCAGCUGACAAACCAUUUCUCUCAAAAAGACAUUCAAAACAUUAGGAUUCAAUAUGUCAACCGUCUUUUCUUCUAUCCAGACAAUUCUGUUCUCGGUACAGGAACAAAGAAACUAGUGAUUGACUUUGCUCAGGGAAAUUGAUUCUGGAAUAAAUUUUGUUUGUUCAAAUAUGACAGUUGGCAACUUUUGCAGGGCUACAACUGUACAUAAACUCAUGUGGUAGAUAAAAUGCAAAGUAGUUCAUAAAAUGUAGUUGAUAUAAGAAACAAACAUUUAAGUACAAACCAGAGUACAUGUUCUAGAAUAUUACAGAAACUUAUGGAAUAUGUCUAUUUCCAUUGUAUUCAAGUAAA